AUGGAUUCUAACAAGAAUGAUGAAAAGAAUGACAAAAUAGAAGAAGUGAAGAUGGAGGUGGAGAUCAAGACAAGAGUUUUCCUCCCCGUCAAAUUGAAUGAUGGGAAGCAACUCAACAAUAUAGGAAUUAGAAAGAAGAAAAUCCUAGCUCUUGGAUGACGCAUAAUUUAAUAUAAUGCAGGGAUAUAUGCUAAUAAUGAGAAGCUAAAGGAGGCCCUCAAAGGCAAAUUUGGAAAGGCACCAGAAAAGGCCAACAAGGAAUUAUAUAAUGCUGUGAUCAACCCUUAUGUCAGGAUGACUGUAAGGCUUGUUAUUGUCUUUGGCAGCCCAACUAUAAGCAUGGUUAGGAACAACUUUGAUGAGGGGCUUGGGACUUCACUAAAGAAACUAAAUGGUGGUCAAAAGAAUAAAGAUCAUGUCAAUAAAGUCAUGAGAGCUGCAAAGGAUAGUAUCAAACUCCCCUCUAGAUCCAUCAUUAAGAUCUCCACGAUGCCAGACAAUGUGCUGCAAACAAAGGUGAAUGAUGAGCUAAUAAGCCAAGUAAAGAGUGAGUUACUGUACAGAGCAUACCUCCAUAUGUACCUAGGUGAUAAUCCUUUCGAUAAAGAUGCUAAAGAGAGAUUUGGAGCAUCCCUGCUCAGCCUCUUUUAA